UUUACUACAACGUACUUUCGCGCGAGGAAGGUGAAACAGGAAUAGAAACAACUAAUUCAGUCGUCACCCAGUCCAUUGGACGGACACGCAUUACUAAAUCUAGCUUCACUGCUAGAGACGGACUGCGCCGUGAAGUUUCAGUGCAUGACAAGGGAGAUGAUGAAUGCUCUCCCCCUGCUGGUCACAGUGCUGCAACUGCAGCUGCUCAGCUUCCUCGCAGCUGCUGUGGGCUACUCCAACGGCUUCUUUUACCAAGACAAUGGCAACGGCAACGGCGAAAAAGAGAUUUACUUUAAUGGAGUGCGGCUCCAUGUGGAGACAACAGAAGGUCCAGUGUUCGCUGUGCGGGGGAGCAGUGCCACGCUGCCCUGCCAUUACCGCUAUGAACCCGAGCUCAGCAUCCCCCGCCGGACAAGGGUGAAAUGGUCUUGGCUGCCAGCUGACAGGGGCCAUGAGACAGAUGUGCUGGUGGCUCUGGGCCAGCUGCACCGCAGCUUUGGGGACUUCAAGGGGCGUGUUCGCCUGCGCCGCAGUAUGCCAGGGGAGGUGUCCCUUGUCAUCGCCAAGCUGCAGCUGAAUGACACGGGCCGCUACCGCUGCAAGGUCAUCGAUGGCCUGGAGGAUGAGAGCAUCACCAUCGACCUGGCGCUGCGAGGAGUGGUGUUCCCCUACCAGCCCUCUGGGGGGCGUUAUCAUCUGAACUUUGGAAUGGCACAGAAGGCAUGCGAGGAGCAGGACUCUGCUCUGGCCACUUUCGAUCAACUUUUCUCAGCGUGGGAGGAGGGGCUGGACUGGUGCAACGCUGGGUGGCUGGCAGAUGGAACAGUGCAGUACCCCAUCACCAUGCCCCGCAAGGCCUGCGGGGGUGCAGACAUGGCUCCUGGCAUCCGGAACUAUGGCGCACGCCACCGCCACGCGCACCACUACGAUGCCUUCUGCUUCUCCUCCUCCCUGAAAGGACAUGUUUAUUUCCUGCAGCAGCCACAUGGGCUUAAUUUCACAGAAGCCACGCAAAUAUGCGAGGGGGACGGGGCCAAGAUCGCCAAGGUGGGCCAGCUGUAUGCAGCCUGGAGGUUUAUGGGACUAGAUCGCUGUGAUGCAGGCUGGCUGGCGGAUGGGAGUGUACGCUACCCCAUUGCCCAUCCCCGCCCCAACUGCGGCCCCCCAGAACCCGGAGUGCGCAGCUUUGGGUUCCCCUACUACCAUCACAGGCACGGAGUGUACUGCUACAUCUCACACUGAACCCCACCACUGCUACUGAAGGGUGGGGUCACCCUCCCUUGGUCUGUCAAUCAGAAUACAGUUCAAGUAAUUGGAUUAAGCAUUCACUCUCGGUCUUCAUGACAGCAUCGCUGACACACAGGGUGAACUGCUGUUAAACACACCCAUACAAACACACAUGUACACAUGCAGGCGCAGGCACAAACAUGCGCGUGCACACACACACACACACACACACACACACAAACACACAUGCUGAGUGGACAGGAAAUAUGAGACAGCAAGAGUACCAAGAAGUUAUCACAGGAAGUAACCACACAGUACUGUAGAAGUUUAUCAUUAGUUUGUAAAUGGACUUACAUUUUAUUGGAGGGGCGACAAACCUUUUAUGCUUCAAACGUCUGUAACUGACAUAUUAAUAUUAUAAGUAUUAUUAUAUACCUUGUACAUAAUAUGAUC